AUGGAAUUUUUUUAUGAAGAACAGGUAGCUUCUAUCGAAGAUGAUAAAACCAGCGACUCUCGUACUAAGGAGGUUGGAUCAACAGAGCAUAAUGAAGACAACGAAUUUCAGAGGCGAGAUGACAAGACAAAUGAGGCCUUCCAGAAGUUAGAAAAGGAAGUCAAUAAGCGAUACGAAAAGACUACAAAUGCAUUUAAAAAAUUAGUCGUCGAGAAAGACGACGGAAUUGAAAUCAACUUGCCAAUUAGCAAUGAAACUACAGAGGCUGCACAAAAGUAUUUGAAGAAGCUAGACGAGAAUAUUCACAAUGUUGAGAGUCUAGCCCAGUCAUAUUGGAGCAAAAUGAAAACUAAAAACUUCUGGUCUGGCUUUAGUGGCGCUGAUAAUACAACGGACGAUGACCACAAUGACGAGGGAGAGAGCUCGAAAGAAAAUGAAAUUGCUGUAGGUGGAAAUAGAACAGAAGCUGAGCUAAGGACAUUAUCUAGGGAUAAAUCGAUUUAUUUGGGCAAUAAGUUGGAUUUGAAACUGGAACCAUUUGAUGUGGACGAAAAAACUGAGGAAAUAUGUCUGAUCUUACAGAACGACAAGGAUAUUUCCAAAUUGAUGAACGACAUCGUGCCCCACCAAAUCAGCUAUAAAAAUUUCUGGAACAUCUAUUUCUUACAAAGAAACAAAAUUCUAGAUAAGGAAAGUAAAAGGAAAGAAAUCCUGUCCAAGAAGGAAAAGGAGACGGAAGAGAAAGAAGUUGAAUGGGACGAUGAAGAUGAAGAUGAAGACGAAGAAGUAGAAGCAGCGGAUGAUAACAAACCUGAAGGGGAGGCGAAAGUUGGUGUGACACAAAAGGAAUUGAAUUACGUUAACGGCCAUGUUGACAUCGCCGACAAGGAUGAGGACGAUGAUGAUGAUGACUGGGAAUAG